GUGACGUAUCGCGUCAUUAGGCUGCCCAUUGGUCAGCGGCAGUAGGUUAAACUGAGGAUCGUAUUUUUGUUCCUGUGUCAACGAAAAUAAGAAAAGAACAGCAGUCAGUGAGACCUGGCUAAGUUUCCAUUUAGGCAGUUUUUUUAAAUCUUACGGAAAGGUCUCCUCACAUCUCAGCCGAGCCAGACCUUCAUCAGCUCAGCAGAGCCCCGUUUGAAGAUGAACUCCAAUGUGGAGAAUUUGCCUCCUCAUAUUCUUCGCUUGGUCUAUAAAGAAGUUUCAGCUUUAGCAGCAGACCCGCCUGAAGGUAUCAAGAUUUAUCCCAGUGACGAAGACAUAACUGAGCUACACACAGCAAUCGAAGGACCGGAGGGAACUCCGUUUGCUGGUGGCGUUUUCCGAAUGCGUCUGGUCCUCGGGAAGGACUUCCCUGCGGUUCCACCCAAGGGGUAUUUCCUGACCAAGAUUUUUCACCCCAAUGUGGGUCACAAGGGGGAGAUCUGUGUCAACGUGCUGAAGAGGGACUGGAAGGCAGAACUCGGCCUCAGACACGUCUUACUUACGAUCAAGUGUCUUCUCAUCCAUCCAAAUCCAGAGUCUGCUCUGAACGAAGAGGCCGGGCGUUUGCUGUUGGAGGACUAUGCAGAAUAUGAGUCCCGUGCUCGCCUGCUCACAGAGAUCCACGCCAUGGGCGGGUCCUCUGGGGAACCUCAGGACCCUAAUGACGGCCCACAGCCGAAGAAGCACGCAGGUGACCCAAUGAAGAGAGCGGGACCCAGUGCAGCAGCUGUGCCAGCAGCUCUGGGUAACGGGGCCAGUGGAGCAAGUACCACCAGUAGUAGUAGCACUAAUGUAGCAGGGAAGAAGAAGGCAGAUAAAAAGCGUGCAUUGAGGCGACUUUAAUACCUCCACGAAAUUCUCAGUGUGGGUGUGUACGUUUUGUGAGCGCGAGAGUGUGUAAAUAUAAAUAUUGAAGUGUGCUGACAAUGUUUUUGUUCCCUUUUUUUUUCUGACUCUUUCUACCACCUAUCCAGACUGUACACUUUGUACUCUUACCUUAACUUCUGGUUUGCCUGCAGUUUGUCCUGUUGGCAUAACAUGUUUGUUAAUUAUUCCCAUACCUGAAGACGUGAUGAUAAAAUGUUUCUUCCUCUUUUUAAAGGAAAGACAACACCUUCACUGCAGAAAUCAUGCCACCCGCUGUACUUUGCCCGUGGCCUAGUGUGAAUGAUUAGGACAGGGAAUGGGUUUUACUGUGCAAAACAUGACCUCUAAUGUCUGUCCAUUAAUGAGAAGUAACUACUGUAGUCUCAGGCUUGAUAUCGGCUCUCUUUAAAGUGCUUCCUGGUUAAUGCUGCUGUGAUGGUACCGUGUACUGCUCGUGAGUCCAAACCAGGAUGUAACUUUAAUUAUCGUCGGGUUUUCGAAUUGAACACGGAAAUAAUAGAUGUUGCUAAACAAUUGUGCAAGAAGUCGGUGGGUUCACUUUAAGGAUUUAAGAAUUUUUAAUGUUUUUAUUUUUUUUACAUUUUUUUCUAAAAUUUCACUGUCCAGUAUUUACAAAGGUUGUUUAUAACUGACAUGUUCAUAUUCAGCUGUCUUGUGGUCGUGUGUGUGUGAAGACCUAGAUCCGUGAUUGAGGGAACAGGGUAUUUUGCCUGAAUACUUUAUAGAAAAUGAAUGAUCUAAUUUGUGUAUUAAGCAUACAUUGGUGUGACUCGCUUAAACUACCCCUGCGUCCCUACAAAGCAGUUUGUGCUCUCAGAUACCCAUCUCUCCGACCAGCUUCAUGGUUACCUGAGAAGACAUCUGUAGAAAAACUUCCAGGUUUGAUGGAUUGUGUCUCCCCACUCGUUGCACUGGCAGGCAGGGCUUCCUGGGCAGGUUUUCUCUCUGUACUAAAUGCAUGCGGGGCCUACAUUUCCCAAGGAAACACACAAGCGCUGUCUUAAUUUGGAUAGAAAAUGUGCCUCUGAAUCUCCUGUCAAUGUGCAGACUGUCGGCUGGAUUUUUUGUGUCCAUUUUAAAUUAUUUAAAUUAAUAAAACCUUGAAAUACAAGAAGUGAGAUGAAGAA